AUGGCUGAACGCACCACUCACCAUGAUGAUAUAGAUUUUUCUGAUGAUGAUCUGUCUCCUUUAGAUAUAGCUUUUAACAAGGCUUCCGAACAUGUAAGAAAAUUAACAUCAAAACUAGAUAACAACCAACUUUUAGAAUUGUAUGGUUUGUACAAGCAAUCUACCGAGGGAAAGUGUAAUAUAUCAAAACCUGGAUGGUUUGAUGGCAAAGGUCGUAAAAAAUGGGAAGCUUGGCAAUCCCUAGGCAAUAUGCCUAUUGAUGAAGCAAAGCAACAAUAUAUUGACCUGGUAGAAAAACAUGACCCUGCCAGUGAAAUUGACCAAAAAGGAUCCAAGCAACAAUGGGUGGUUGUAUCAUCUCUACAGAGAAGCCCUGAGCCAGAAAUUGCUCAUGAUGAGUUGACCUUGUUUGAUGCUGCAAGAGACAAUAAUGGAGCCUUAGUAACAGAGCUUAUCUCAAACAAUCCUACUAUCAAAGACCAAAGAGAUGAUGAUGGUCUGACUGUGCUUCAUUGGUCUGCAGACCGAAAUGCAAUUUCUGCUUUAGAAGCUGCCCUUAAGUUAGGUUGUGAUAUUAAUGCAGUAGACAACUCGAGACAAACAGCUUUACAUUACGCUGUAUCCUGUGGCCACGUUAAUUCUGUUAAAAUUUUAUUGAAUGCUGGAGCAAAGCUACUAAAGGAUGACGAAGACUGCACACCACUAGAUUUAGCAUCAGAUGAUGAAAUCAAGAAUAUUUUAAGUGUUCAAUACAACUGUUUUAGUUAUAUGUAG